AUGGUGUUGGUUUGCUGGAAUGAUCUUAUAUUGCAAGGCUACGGUUCUUGUCCACCAGAUACACUAGUUUUACAUGCAUCCCCGGGAACGAGGCACUAUUUGACGUCACCAAAUUAUCCGGAACCGUACCCAAAUGGCAUCACAUGUAUGUGGGAAAUGAGGGCGCCAUCUAGUGACCACCGAGUUCACAUCGAGAUCACAGACUUUCGGUUAGAGGUGUGCCCCUUCGAUGCCAUUGCUAUUCACGACGGUACAUCCAGUGAAUCGAGACGACUUUUACGGGUAUGUGGUGAUGAAAACCCGGUACAUGUCACAAGUACUGGACAGUCGUUAUUUAUAAUGUUCGAAACGGAUGCUUUCGUUCAAGAGAAAGGAUUCGAAAUAACAUACACGUCAUUCGUCGUUGGUGAACAAUGUCCGCCUUCUUGGAACUAUUUUGAAAAUAAUUGUUAUAAGAUAAGAAAUGAAACCUUAACCUGGGAUGAUGCGCAGAAGCAUUGCACAUACGAUGCGUCAAAUCUCGUUGUUAUUGACAACGAAGACGAGAACAGCUUUAUCGGAUUAAUUUCGUCAGUUGGCAUGAUCGACAACUUGGUAUCCAUAGCAAUAGCGGAAACGUUUGCGCCAUCUUAG